GUCGAGGAAGAAGCAGGCAGGGCAGAGCAGGAAGAUGACGAGAAUGCGGAGGAAGACGAUGAGGAGGAAGAUGAGGUCGAGGAUGUGUUGUCCACCGCCAUCGACGUUGAAGACCCCGUGGGAGAGAUCGCAGAGGCUGAAGGAGAAGAGGCCGAGGAGGAUGGGGCUGAAGAGGAAGAGGACACGGCCAAACUUCAAGAGGUCAUGGACCACUCUGCACAACACGUGGAGAUCCGUUUGGACGAUGGAGCCGGGGUGGAGAGGGAGACAGAGGCCCAAACACACCUAUCAGCACAUGUCACGGAUCAGGCCAGCAAGCAACCGUCAGCUGCGACGAUCGCAAAGGCCUCGCUCCAAAGAUCAAGCAGAAAGGAGAGACGUCGCUGUGCAAGGAGGACAGCACCACAGGAGCCAGUCACACCCCCACGGGUCAGGAAGGCCUCCCCAGCAGGUUGCACGCCACGACUCGCACGGAGCACACCACGAGUUGCGCGGAGCACACUGCGAUCCGUGCCGCGGGGGAAGUUCUUGGCUUUCGUCGCCAAGAAGCGCCAACACAGCGUUGGCCGAAAAGCGCCUGACCAAGCCUGCCCACCACCAGCACCCGUGGAGGGACGUGCGCCAGGGGAGGGCACACCCCAAUGUGCGCAAGGCACCUCGUCUCAGUUCAUCAUGAAUCGUCGGGCACAAACACCGCAGAAGCGGCACCUGAAGAAGGCCACGCUGGUGGCCCCGGACCUACCUUCAAGGCGAGUCAAGGGCAAGCAGCGUCAGGGACAGCCUGCAGAGCCUCCACAGCCCCAAAUGGCAGUUGUGAAGGCACCACAGGUUGGCAAACCAAAGGUCAAAGCCAAGGCGAAAGCAGAGGAGGCUCAGGUGGUGCCUUCUGAAUGGGUGGGAGAGC